CAGAACUCAUAUGAUUGUGUCAUUAUAUCCAACGAGGAGGAGUUCUCUCUGGUAUAAAAAGCUACAGCCACAGUGGACAUUGGCUUUGAGUGUCCGCACCAUUCUUGCGAAUAGCUGAACUGAGAAUCUGGGAACAUGAUUUAUUUGCUGCUUUUCGCCCCCUUGUUUAUCGCUGGAUCAAGAGCAUUGACGUUUCAAUUCGAUGAAUUGACGAAAUAUAUUGACAGUCAUCAAGAGGAGUAUGUGCAGACUCUAAGGGAGUGGGUUGCAGUGGAGAGCGAUUCGAGUAAUGUGUUGAAGCGACCAGACUUGGACCGUAUGAUGAAUAUAACUGCGGAGAAGCUAAAGGCAAUGGGUGGGAACGUGGAGAUGGUCGAUAUUGGGCUUCAGGAGUUACCAAGUGGCGCAACCAUCCCUUUGCCUAAGGUGGUCACUGCCCAGUUUGGCAGUGAUGCUACCAAGCACACAGUUUGCGUGUACGGCCACGUGGAUGUCCAGCCGGCCAAGAUAGAGGAUGGCUGGGCAACGGAGCCUUACAAUCUGACUGACAUCAACGGAAAUCUCUAUGGAAGAGGGGCUUCAGACAACAAGGCUCCAGUACUGGCCUGGAUUCACACAGUGCAGGCCUACCAAGCACUUGACAUCGAGCUCCCAGUCAAUGUGAAGUUCGUCAUUGAAGGCAUGGAGGAGACCGGAUCCAAUGGCCUGGAUGCCAUGAUUCUCUCGCAUAACGAUACCUUCUUCGCUGAUGUGGAUUACAUCAUGAUCUCUGACUGUGGUUGGCUGAGCCGCCGGCCAGCCUUAACCUAUGGCACCAGAGGAAACUGCUACUUCUUUGCAGAGGUUGAGGGGCCUACACAGGACUUACACUCAGGAGUGUAUGGAGGCACUGUGAUCGAACCCAUGACCGACCUCAUCGGCAUUCUGGACACUCUGAUUAGCCCCGGAGGAAAGAUCCUCAUUCCUGGGAUUCUGGAGGCAGUGGCCCCCUUGUCGGAUGAGGAGUGGACCAUGUACCAGGACAUUGAGUUUGAUGUGGAAAACUACAAGAAAAAGAUUGGAGUAGACCACCUCAUGUACAGCAAUAAGGUAGACCUGUUGGCCCAUCGCUGGCGCUACCCCACAGUGACUAUUCACGGCAUUGAAGGAGCUUUCUCUGCUCCAGGAACAAAGACGGUCAUCCCUGCCAAGGUCAUUGGCAAAUUCUCCAUCCGCCAGGUGCCCAACAUGGACCCGGCAGUCGUUGAGAAACAGGUGACAGACUACUUGCAUUCAAUGUUUGGCAGACGGAAAAGUCCCAACAAGCUAAAGGUGACUAUGGUCAUCGGGGCCAAGCCCUGGCUGGCUGACACCCAACACCCUCUGUAUGAGGCUGGGCAAGAGGCUGUGAGGAAAGUGUUUAAAGUGGACCCAGACAUGAUCCGUGAGGGGGGCACGAUUCCCAUUGCCAAGACGUUCCAGGACGUGACCAGGAAGAGCAUCAUUAUGUUGCCCAUUGGGGGUUUUGAUGAUGGCCUGCACUCCCAGAAUGAGAAAAUGAGCAGGUACAACUACAUAGAGGGAACCAAGCUGUUUGUUGCAUACCUCCAUGAAGUUGGGCAGAUUAAGAGGAACUGAGAACGUCCCCUUGAAAAACUAAAUUAGGAAUAUUAAACUUGAACUCUACUCUCUUCAA